UGAAGUUAAAAAAGGCAGUUGAGAGAGAAAAGGAAAAGGAACCGGCAUAAAAAGAGGCGAAUUGACAAUAAUGCCAUGGCUAGCACUGAAUAUAUACAAAAAACAAACAAACCCUAACCACUAGCACCUUCUUCUCCACACCGCCGUCACGUCGAUUUGCUUCUGCUUUUCUUUCGCGCCCACACACACAGUCACCUUCAGAUCUAUCUAUUCCCCCCUAAUCGUUACUCGAUCAUCGAUUUAACUUAAGAUCAAGCCAUGGUGGUUAACGAGAGACCCUCCAAGAGGAUGAAGCGGAGGGUCACCGCCGAUCUCUAUGAUUUCCUCUCCUUUCCCUCCGCCGGCGAUGUCUCCCCCGCCGCCGUGCCCUUCCGGAACCGCAUUCAGCGCUUCCUCUCCGACCAUGCACGCGUCACUUUCCCUCCCUCCCUCUUUCCCGCUCUCAUGACGUGGCAAAUCUUGUUCCGUGUCGGAGAACUCGUCGAUGGCCCUGAUCUCUCGCCGGCCAUGGUUGCCCUCGACAUUGUUGAGGAGGACGUCACCCGUUCCCGUACUUCUGUCUACUGUGACCAGUGCAGAGUCGUUGGGUGGAGUGGUCAUCCAGUGUGUCGAAAGCGAUACCAUUUCAUAAUUCGGGCUGCAAGUGAUGCUGUCGAAGGAUAUCAAAGACCUUGUUCAAGAUGCGGAAGUCUUCUCCAGCUAUCUGAACCAAGGUGUAAAUCGUGUAACUUUGCCAUUACUGCUGAUGAUCUUGAGGAAUGGGUGUAUCUUCAAAUUGAAGAUAACACCCAUCUUCUGCAUGGUGUUGUCCACGCCAAUGGCUAUGGUCACCUGCUUACUCUUAAUGGAAGAGAAGGUGGCGCGGAGCUUCUCUCUGGAGCUGAUAUUAUGGGUUUCUGGGAUAGGCUAUGUGCUGCAAUUUCUGUCAGGAAGGUGAGCGUGAUGGAUUUGUCCAAGAAAUUUGGACUGGAAUAUCGAUUGCUUCAUGCAAUCACCAAGGGACAUUCCUGGUAUGGCAAUUGGAAUUAUGAAUUUGGGACUGGCAGCUAUGCUCUCACCCAUGAUACAUACAAGAAAGCAGUAAAGACCUUGUCAAGCAUGCCCUUGUCCUCAUUUAUAUUCCAGCACCGAGGGCCGCCAAACCGCCUGCAGUGUGUCAUUUCUCUUUACCAGUCUCUGGCAGAUACUGAACUUUUAACAAUUAAAGAUCUCUUCUCCUUUUUGUUGGCAUUGAUUCAUGGAUUUCGUAAACCCAUGGCUGUGAGCACAUCUAAACAGCUUGAAGACACCAGUACAUGCAAUACAUUGUGUGCUUGGAUGAGAAAUGAUGUUGAAGAUGUGCAACAGGCUUUGAUCAAGGUAUUGCUUGCAUCGGGGGCAUAUAGUGAGGCCAAAUGGGUGACAAGGCGUGCUCUCAAAGGUGCAGUAUGCAGGGGGGUUGCAUCUCCAGAGCUUUUAGAUUACUGUCUCAAGCACUUCCAAGGGAAAUUAGCUGCCAAUGGAAUGGUGGUUUGUUCACGAUGCAAUCCUGUUUCUAGUGCUAUUGAAUACAGGCUAGAACUUCUGAGUAAUGCAUUUAUAGCAAAUUCAAGCUCUCCCUCAGAAGAGCAAGUGAUCUCUGAUUUGACAUUCUUAUUCAAUUCAAUCAUUCACCCUGACAAAAUGGUGAGCUACAGGCCUAAGGAUUUGAGGAAAAGGGUGACUGAUUCAGCCAGGACGCUCCUUGACUGUAAGCAGUUUAUGAAGGAUUACAAGCUUGAUCAGAUGACUGAAGAACUGCCUUCAGUCAUUAGGCUGUGGUGUCAUGUGGAGCUUUCUGAUCAGCCUAAAGAUGACCCAUCCCCACCUCUAGAGCUGAUUGUGUUGCCUUUGAAUGCUACUGUUGCUGACCUCAAGAACGAAGUCACCAGUGCUUUCCAAGAGGUUUAUGCAAUGUAUAAAAGGUUUCAAGCCGAGGAGCUCCUGGGAUAUGGGUCAGUAAGUGAUUCCCUCACAGUAAAAUUCCUGUUUGGAACAAGUGGGUCAGUCCAAAUUCGAGGUAGAUGCCCAGCUAAACAUGGGCUAAGCCGAUUCCGAAUGGAACGUGGAACAGAAGUGUGGAAAGUUGAUUGCACUUGCGGGGCAAAGGAUGAUGAUGGAGAAAGAAUGCUAGAAUGUGAUACUUGUGGUGUUUGGCUGCAUACUAGAUGCGCGGGUGUUGAUAAUUCUAAUGGCAUGCCUUCCAAGUUUGUAUGUAUAAGAUGUGUGAUCUCAUACCGUGAGGAAACUGAAAAGAUGCCAGAGUCUGGUGGCAAGGCUGAUGAGGCUUGUAAAUUGAACAUAUAUUGCAGAGAUGAAGCAGUGGGAACAGAUUGUGCAGCAGUUUCCUGCAACAUAGCUGUGAAUUUUGGUGUGCGUUGAGUGUAUAUAGCUUUUGUAUCUAUCUGUAUAUAGAUUUUGUCCCUGAAGGAUGCUCAAAGUGUUAAGAGCUAAUGGGACAGGGUUCUGAGAUAGUGAGAAUUGAUUCCUACAGAGGAUAAAAUUCCUUAGAAAAAAAAAGAAAAAAAAUGGCUGAUUAAAAAGAGGUAUUAGGGCUGGUUGUCUUCCCCUUGGAUUUUAUCAUAUGGGCCUAGAGGUUGUGAACUUUAUGAAACCUCAUUUUUGGAGAUGCUAAGCUCUUUUGUCAUUUUACCUGAUCAUAUCGAGCUCAAAGAAGAAAUAUGUAUUGACCAUGAUACUUGUUUUUCAUAUUUUCUCUUUAAGGCUUUUUUAUGUAUUGCAAUUACUUAUAGUAACAUCUGGUAAAAUCCAGAUCACCAGUUAAGCCA